UGUCUGGUCUGUUCUAAUGUAACACAUGCUCAUUACUUAAAGUUAAUUGUUUAUCAGAACUGCUUUCUGCAGAAUGUAAACGGGGGAUCAAAGCUUCAUAAUCAAGCUCCAAAGGACCUUUUCUUAGAACCUGAUCAAGACUUGACAGCUAUAACGUAACCACAUGUCCGUGUAUUCGAACUAAUGGCGAACAAUAAUCCCGAGAAUCUAUCAGCUCAAUUACCCAAUAAAAAAAACAACAAUAAUAGUUAUAUUAUUAAAACUGGAAGCAUUCAUGGGGAUGCACCGACACGUGGUCCUCUCACUCCGUUAUCUGGAGAAGACAGGAGGAAGGCGGCUUCCUUAAACCUGAAAAUUAAUAAACAAUCAACUACAGGGCUUCCUCAUGGUGGACAAAAAUUUUAUGAGGUGUUUCAAUGGAAACAAGGGCGCUAUGCAGAUCUCCCGGCGGCGAAAAUUUCAGAGAUGAUGAAGUCAAGCAAUUUAGAUAAUGCUCCAACUCAGUCACUUUUAAGUGUUGUGAAUGGAAUUCUGGAUGAAACUUUUGAAAGAACGAAUGGAAAAAUUCCUCAUCGUGUGGCAUGUCUCCUGAGAAAAGUUGUGCAGGAGAUUGAACGGAGUAUAUCAACUCAAGCAGAUCAUCUAAGAACCAAAAACAAUCUUUUCAAAAUUCGAGAGGAGAAAUACCAAUCAAGGAUCAGAGUACUUGAGGCCCUUGCAGCUUAUAGUGGCGAAGAGACUAAGCCUGUCACAAACCAUCCUCAGCAAACAAAGACUGAGAACUGCAAAGUGGAAGAAAAACGGAAAGUUGAGAACUCCAAAGUGGAAGAAAAACGGAAAGUUGAGAACUCCAAAGUGGAAGAAACACAGAAAGCUGAGAACUCCAAAGUGGAAGAAACACAGAAAGUUGAGAACUCCAAAGUGGAAGAAAAACUGAAAGUUGAGGAGGUGAGGGAGGAUAAAAGAGAGUUGGUGAAAGAAACUGAUAAAUAUAUUAAUGAAAUUGCUUCGCUGAAGCAAGAACUAGAAAUGGCCAAAACGAUGCACGAGAAGCGCUGCUUAGAAAUGGACAAAGAGACUGAGGGUGUCAAAGCAGGACUUCAAGGGAGGUUAAAAGAGCUCGAGUCUCUCCUUGCUGAUUCAAACAAUAGAGUGAAAGAGCUUGAAAUAACUACCGAGUCAAAAUGUCAGAAGUGGAACAUGAAAGUGAAAAUCUACCAAAGCCAUAUGGACUCUCAGUUUAGUACAACACAGGAGUUAAGGUUUACUUCUGAUGCCAUCAAGCAAGAACUUCUGAAAACACAGAAGAGCUAUUUUGAAGAAUUUAAUCAAUUAGAAAAAAAGCUUAAAGCAUUAGCAGAUGUGGCGGGGAACUAUCGUAAACUUCUUGCUGAAAAUCGGAAGCUUUUCAAUGAGCUUCAAGAUCUGAAAGGGAACAUUAGAGUUUUCUGUCGAAUAAGGCCAUUUCUUCCUGGACAAAGUGGAAACAAGACAAUAGUAGACAGUAUUGGUGAUAAUGGUCAGUUGGUUAUUUCAAAUCCAUCCAAGCCAGGGAAGGAAGGGAAUAAGACCUUUAAGUUCAAUAAGGUCUUCUGUCCAACUGCUACUCAAGCCGAGGUGUUUUCAGAUAUUCAACCUUUUAUUCAGUCAGUAGUAGAUGGAUAUAACGUCUGUAUAUUUGCUUAUGGUCAAACUGGUUCGGGGAAAACAUAUACAAUGACCGGUCCUAAUAAUGCUACUGAAGAGGAUUGGGGUGUUAAUUAUCGUGCUUUGAAUAGUCUCUUUAAAAUAUCUCAAAGUAGGAGAACCACUAUUGAAUAUGAAGUUGGUGUUCAAAUGAUUGAAAUAUAUAAUGACCAAGUGCGUGAUUUAUUAAUAGCUAAAGGUUCUGGGAAGAAAAUGGGGGUUACAAGCAUCUCUCAACCUAAUGGGUUAGCUGUUCCUGAUGCUAGCAUGCACCCUGUUCUAUCAACCUCGGAUGUAAUAGAUUUAAUUGAUGUUGGAUUAAAGAAUAUUACUGUUAGUGCUACUGCAAUAAAUGAAAGAAGUAGUCGCUCUCACAGCAUUGUCACCGUGCAUGUUCGUGCGAAGGAUUUGAAGUUGGGAAAUUGUUUGUAUGGUAAUCUACAUUUGGUAGAUUUAGCAGGCAGUGAAAGAGUCGAUAGAUCCGAGGUAACAGGAUCUGCGCUUAAGGAAGCACAACAUAUUAAUAAAUCAUUGUCUGCCCUUGGAGAUGUAAUUUUCUCUCUUGCACAAAAGGGUGCUUAUGUGCCGUACAGAAAUAGCAAGCUCACUCAAGUACUUCAAAGCUCUCUUGGAGGUCAGGCAAAGACCCUUAUGUUUGUACAGCUCAAUCCAGAUAUCAAUUCCUACACCGAAAGUCUGAGUACUUUGAAGUUCGCCGAACGGGUUUCUGGAGUUGAGCUAGGUUCUGCACGAAGUAGCAAAGAGGGGAAGGAAGUUAGGGAACUAAUGGAGCAGAUGGCAGCUCUCAAGGACACGGUAGCUAAAAAGAACGAGGAGAUAGAGCGGUUGCACUUACUUAAAGAUCUAAAAAGUGGAUACACUGGCAACAACGGCGAGCUCCACAGAACAGUCUCAUUGAGUGAUAAGCAGUCUGAAGUUGAAUCCCAGCAGUCCACGGACGAUGAAAAAUCGGAAAUAUCCGACGCUGGUCUUUCUUUGGUAACAGAAACUGAAGGCUCAGCUGAAUACCCGCGUUCUCCUGAAGGCAGUACUCCGGGGAGGAGCAGGGUCGCAUCAAAGAUUCGACUUCUACAAAAACCGCCAACCCCGCAACCAGCACCGAGACCAGAUUCUGCAAUGGGUGUCCCUGGCAUUAAAAAGAGUCUAAGCUCGAGUGCAAUCAAGCCUCCUCCUAUCAGGAAAAAGGUGUAAAUAACUCAACUAGCUGCAGUUGGUCACAGUUCUUGUUUAGGGUCUGGUAUUCAUCAUUGAUCUUCUGUGUUAUUAAAUUAU